CUGAAAGUGUGACAGCUGAUUUGAAAACACGUGCGUUUGUUGAUGUAGUUGGAAGUCGCUCUCAGAAAGUUAUUGGAAGUUUUACGUUUUCUUGUUAAUUUCCUUCGCAAAACCCUUGAAAAUGAGUGUCAAAAUCAAGACUAAAGAAGUAUACGAAGUGCAGAACCAGUACAAAGCCUUCUACACGGGCGGUACGGUUCAAUGGACAUCGGAUGGAAGCGAAAUGCUGUGCCAAAAUGCUGGCGCUAUCAACCUGGUGUCGGUCACGGAUGAUACCGUUGAACCGGUCAUUUUUGGCGACGCCGAUGAAUCGGACGCCGUUUACACGUUUGCGCUGAGCAAAGAUAGUCACAAUGUGGUUUCGGCUCACCGGUCCGGGUUGAUGAAGCUCUGGGACAAGAACUCCAGGCAGGUGAGCAAAAUGUGGCGCGGACUUCAUCAGGGCCCCAUUACGAAGCUGGUCUUCAGUGACGAUGAUACGUUGAUUGCGAGUGGAGGCACGGACACGACGGUUCGCGUUUGGGACCCCAAGGAACAAGUUUGUAAGGGGACAUUGAGAGGAUGUCAGGGAGUCAUUAAUCUAUUGGUGUUUCAUCCGGACGUGGAGAGCAAGAUCCUGCUGGCUGCCGGUGAUGAUGUGAAGAUCAAUGCUUGGAACUAUGAAACGCGAGAGUUGGUAAAAUCUUUCGCUGGUCACUUUUCGAAAGUAACAGGCGUUUCGUUUACAAGCGAUCACAAGUUCUUAGUUUCCUCAGGUCGCGACAAGAUUUUGAUUAUGUGGAAUUACGAAACACAACAAGCGGUCAAAACUAUUCCGGUGUAUGAGAGUUUGGAGAGUGUUAUUGUCCUUCCCAAAGGUGUCCAUCUUCCAGGUUUGAAACUGAAAUCAGACAAAGUGUACGCUGCAUGUGCCGGCGAGGAAGGAUUGAUUAAGGUAUGGGAAAUGACCGAAACGAAGAUUGUCUUCAAACAGAAGAACAGCUUGGUCACAAAAUCUGCAGAAGAGGGUGGUCUAGCCAUAACGGAUUUGCUGUUUAACAAACAAUCUUCCAAAUUGGCGAUUGUUAGUGCUGAUCAUAACAUCAUAAUUCACGAUCUAGAAACAUUCGAAUGUUCUAAGCAAUUAUCUGGCUUCAGCGAUGAGAUUUUGGAUCUUAUUCUAUUUGGCAAGAAAGAUCAUUUUCUAGGAAUGGCCACAAACAGUAACGAUUUCAAAAUCUAUGAUACCACAAACAUGAACUGCCAGUUGGUCAAAGGCCACACCGACAUCGUUCUGUCGCUAUCGGCCAAUCAAAACUAUAUUCUCUCGUCAUCCAAGGAUAAUUCCAUUCGAUUGUGGCGUUAUGAUACGGCCAAGUUCACUGUUCAGUGCGUAGCUAUCGGUCUUAAACAUACCAAUGCCGUGGGAAGCAUCGCUAUAAGUAAAGUAUCUGGGAAAUUCUGCGCCAGUGUUAGCCAGGACAAAUGCUUGAAAGUUUGGAAGAUACCAAAAGAGUUCAAUGAAACAACGGACGAGAAGGAACUCACUCGGUUGAACUGCACCCUAACCGAAUUAGCACACGAAAAAGAUAUCAAUUGCGUGUGCAUAUCGCCGAAUGAUCGACUGAUUGCAACGGGAUCUCAGGAUAAAACGGCCAAGCUAUGGGAUGCAAGUAAUCUCAGUUUGGUUGGAGUCUUCCGGGGUCACCGCAGAGGAAUCUGGGCUGUUCGGUUCUCUCCUGUAGAUCAAAUCUUGCUCACAAAUGCUGCCGAUUGUUCCAUCAAGCUUUGGUCACUCACCGAUAUGACCUGCCUCAAAUCACUAGAAGGGCACGAAAGUUCAGUGCUACGAGUAGAAUUUCUGUCCCAUGGGAUGCAAUUGCUUUCUGCCGGAGCGGAUGGACUUUUGAAACUGUGGUCCAUCAAAACCUCCGAAUGCCUUCAGACACUGGACAAGCACGAAAGCCGUAUCUGGGCUUUGUGCGUAACUGAAGACGAAUCCGUUUUCUACAGCGGUGGAUCGGAUUCUCAGCUGAUCAAAUGGAAGGACGUUACCGACGAGAAACGAGAACGGGAGAUGAACGAACGCAAGGAGGUUCUUCUUCAAGAACAAGAACUGAACAACCUUCUUCAGGACAAGAAACUGCUCAAAGCACUCCGCCUGGCCCUCAAUCUCGAUCGCCCACUGAUGACAUUGAAAAUCAUCACCUCGGUAAUCAAAAGUCAAGAACAGGGUCUCCCGGACACCAUCCAGAAGCUAAGGAAUGAUCACAAGGAAACCCUCCUGAAGCACGCCAUAGAAUGGAACACCAACAGCAAAAACUGUCGACCCGCGCAACUAGUACUGAACAUCCUGCUUCAGCAGAUGCUCUCCGGGGAAUUCCAGGUGUCCGAGCUCAACAAACACCUAGAGGCGGCCUUACCCUACACCGAGCGGCACUUCAAACGGAUGACCGAGUACGCCAAGGACCUCAAGUUUAUCGAGUACACAUUGCACUGUAUGCAACCACACGCUACGACACGUGAAGCCAAUAAAACCGACAAGGUGUAACGCUGCAGUUCCAGCCUUCAGUAGAGUAAA